GGCGUUGGUAUCGCAACGGUAUCGGCCUUUGCAGUGCCCGGGCUUAAUCUCUUGGGCUGGGGUUCAACAGGCGUUGUGGCAAAAUCUUAUGCUGCUCAGAUACAAUCUGGGAUGGGGUGUGUUGCAAAGGGCAGCUUAUUUGCAAAACUACAAUCAGUAGGUGCGACCGGUGGACCAGCCUUCAAGGUUUUCUCAGCCUUUGUUCAAGGAGCGGUAACAAUAGCAGAUACAGUGGGCGAUCACCUUCGAGGU